AUGAGUGAAGGUAGAACAUUACAAGCUAUCAAGUUUGAUAGAAAAGAAAUUAAACUAGAAAUAUUAGAUCAAUUAGUUUUACCAUAUACAACUCAUUACAUACAAAUCAAAUCAAUUGAUGAUGCAUAUAAAGCUAUAAAAUCUAUGCAAGUUAGAGGAGCUCCUGCAAUUGCCAUAGUUGGUGCUUUUUCAGUUGUAGUAGAUACUUAUAGUCAUCUCAAGGAUUCACAAACUAUUGGAGAUUUACAAGAAUCAUUAAAUCAUUUAGUCAAAUCUCGACCAACCGCAGUGAACCUCAAAAAUGCAAUUGAUGAUAUAAGAAAAAUAUUAGCAGAUUAUGAUACAACCCAAGUAAUAGAUGAAAGUAUAUUUAAAAAAUUACUCGAUUACUCAACAAAAUUAUAUGAUGAUGAUUUAGCUAAUAAUUUAAAGAUUGGAGAAAAUGGAUUGAAUUACAUAAAAAAAUCAUUAGAAGAAGAAAAAUUUGAAGGACCUUUUUCAAUUGUUACAAUUUGUAAUACUGGAUCAUUAGCAACUUCAGGUCAUGGUACAGCUUUAGGAAUUAUUCGUUCAACUUAUCAAGCUUUACAAAAGGAAAAAUCAAAUGAAAAAUUUUUUUUAGAUAAUAUAUAUCCUUUAGAGACAAGACCUUAUAAUCAAGGAGCAAAAUUAACAACAUAUGAAUUAGAAUAUGAAAAAAUUCCUUCAAUUUUAAUCUGUGAUAAUAUGGUUUCUUCAUUAAUUGAACAUUUAAAUGUUGGUAAAGAUGUUCAUGAAAAAACAUCACCUGUAAAAUUCAUUAUAGUUGGAGCUGAUAGAAUUGUUAAAAAUGGUGAUACUGCAAAUAAAAUUGGAACUUUCCAAUUAGCAACAAUUGCAAAUUAUUUUAAUACCAAUAAAAAUACGAGUAUUAAAUUUAUUGUUGCAGCGCCAAGGACCACUAUAGAUUUAGAAACUCAACAUGGUGAAGAUAUUAGAAUUGAAGAAAGACCAAGAAAAGAGUUGACUACUUUAGUUGGUCCAAUAUUAAAUGGAUCAGAAGUUGGUGAGAAAAUUACAGUAGGAAUUGCAACUCCUGGUAUACAAGUUUGGAAUCCUGCAUUUGAUGUAACUCCUCAUAAUUUAAUUGAUGCUAUUAUAACAGAAGAUUCAAAAGCUUUCGUUAAGAAUAAAGAUGGUAAUUUUGAUUUAUCAAAUUAA